AUGAUCCCCCCGUGUGAUCCAUGCAUUCUCGAGCAAAACACUCAAUUCAAAAGAGUCUAUGAGAACGUGACAAAAAAUCUUCUGAACCCAGAUGGCUCGUCUUGCGCGCAAACAGCUGAUCCUGCGCGGAAGAUCGUUGAGGAUAGCGGCCUUUCGGAUGAGUGUCGCGACACUCUUGCGAUCAUAUCGCUUUACCUUGAGACCGCCCAUUCAGUCGUAACUGCUUUGAAUGCCCGGCAAGAUGACCAGUCGCAACCACAACCCCGCGAUGACACUCUCACUCUCCUCACGCCAACAAUAUCCUCCUUCUAUGCGUCUCUUCCUUGCCUCAUAGCACCGUUUUCCAAUAUCCUCUCUGAUACCCACUCAAAUCUCCGCAUCUUAUCCAUAUCGCCAGACCAAGACCAAGAUCAUGAUCACGGUUUAGCCCGACAAACGGAUGCAGUCGCUCCCUCUGCGCGAGACCAUCAAUCUCGCGCUCGUGCUCGGGAUCGUCGGGUCCGUACAUCCCUCGUACCUGCACCAAAGCUAGCAGUGCAGCUUGGUCAACGGAUUGAAGCCCUGCGGCGGAAACAAAUCGCUGAACUUCCGACGGCGCGGCGAGAAAUGGUCGAGACAGCGGCCCAGUUGAUGAAUACCCGGGCCGCAGUCCUGGAGCGAUUGAUUGUGAUUCUGGAGAGAGUGAAACAUGGGACCCUGGCAAGGGCGAUGAAGGCCCAGGCUGACAAUUUGGCCGUUGGUGCACAAGUUGUGGAGGGUAAGAUUGAACUGACAAGACUCGAAAUUGCUUCGACGUUACACACACCCGAGACUCUGGCUGCGUUGAACCGGUACCAAGAGCAUUUGCAUGACACACGUGCGCGACUAGAGGAACGAAAGAUGAAUGCGAUUGCAGAGUUGAAGAAAUACGGGUGGAAGGAGCUCUCAUCUACAGCACGGGGCAAUGAGCGCGGGGGACACGCAGAUGCAAGUUUGACUGGGAGCGUAAGAGGGUCCUGGAAUGAGAUUGCUGGAAAGUAUGCCAAGUUACUGCAGGAGGUUGAGUCUGUGAGGAUGGAGAUUGAGAGGCUAGGGGAAUGA